AUGGCGGCAAGACGCAAUGUUCGGUACUCACCUCUUCCUUCAGAGGAUGGGGGCGACAACAAUUUUACUAAAGAAGAUGUUGACCUCCGAUACACUUACACUCCAAAAUCCUACAGAAGGAUCCCAUGGAAGUCAAUUGCCCUGGCAUUGUUCCUCCUCCUCCUAGGAACUUCACUUCUCUUUCUUUCUUACUUCAUAUUCACAGGUCACAUGGAGGGUGAUAGUUCUCAGCCAUAUGGUCUCUUGUUCCUGGGUUUCCUUUCCUUUCUUCCUGGUUUCUACGAGACUCGAGUUGCUUACUAUUCAUGGCGGGGAGCACCAGGGUACACGUUUGCAUCCAUACCAGAUUAUUAG